AUGAGUCUCGUGAAGAAAGCCAGCAAGCCCUUCAUCCUGCUCUUUGUCCUUGCGUGGGACUUGGGACUAUUCAUACUCAAUGUGGUUAUUCCUAAGCGUAAAGUUGGGCAUGUUGUGCCGGUAGGAGCGCCGGGGCAUGCGCGGAAUUGGCCAGCGUAUGAAGCUCCUAAGCCGGGCGACUCUCGCUCUUCUUGUCCUAUGCUCAAUGCGCUAGCCAACCACAACAUCCUUCCUCACUCGGGCCGCGACAUCCCUUUCCGUACACUCAACACCGCCAUCCGCGAAUGCUUUAAUUUCGCGCCCAGCUUUUGCUUCUUUGUGCCGCACUUCGCUGCCGACUUCCUGAACCGCUCGUACUGGAGCGGUACUCUCGACUUGGAGGAGCUGAGCUUGCACAAUGCGAUCGAGCAUGAUGCCAGCCUGACAAGGCGGGACGUCGCGCUCGAACCUGACCAGGCGAAACCUGACAUACUACUUGUGGAACAGUUGCUAGCUGGAGCUACAGGCGGAACGCCUGAGGCCAGACUGUUGACGAAGCAGGAUCUCAGCGCGGCCUUGACUCGCAGGAGGGUGGAGAGCAAAAGGGAAAAUGCAUCGUAUACUGAGUCCCUAUUCCACAAGGGGUUUGGAAGCGCGAAUUCAUCAACAAUGCUAACCAUCUUCGGCGGCCGCAUCAACGACCUUAGACCCAUGCUCUUAGAGGAAAGGUUCCCUGAUGAUUGGGAGCCGCGUAUUCGCUCGCACUUCGGCCUUACCAUGGCGGCAUUCAAUGGAACGGUUUUACCGGUCGAGAGGGGCGUUGAUACGAGAGCGUACGUCAAAAAGCUCGAAGGCGAAGACGCGGAACCUACCGAGGCCUCGAAAUGA